AUGAAAUACGCUCAGUACACAUUCCUGGUGACGAUCAUCUCCAUUAUCGAUUAUUCCUCGGCGCAGCCUUCGUGUGCAGUGGAAUCUUUCUCUGUGAAGGAAGACUUUGACCCCAAGAGGGUAACUAUGAAUACUUUCUAAGAUAAAGUGAGCUCGUGUAAUGCAGUUCAUUUGCAAAGGUGUUGUUGCAAGCCACCCCAAUCUCCAAGCGGUGAAUGAUUCCCACGGUUCAUGUUUCUUUUUGGAAAUGAGGCACUGUGGAGACUGUGGUGCCUUUAUGAUAUAUGGUUUAUUUACACAUAUAUACAGCUUGAGCCUACGGUGGAGGGGUUCACUGUAUCAACACCCCAUAAGGGUCUUGUUUCUCUCAUAGUCGCAGCCUUGGAUUCAAACAAACAUCAAACAUCGUGCUUUGUCUCUCUGGCUUUCCAACUGGCUGCUUUUGCUUCCAGCUUCUAGCUCACAAGCAGCCAAAUUUCAGCUCUAAACUCUUGCUUUAUUUCUCUUCACUGAGAGUUGAGGCUGGGGCCCCACCCAUUUGCUGUGCUGUCUUGCACAGAGCCUCUUCCUUUGGUCUCUUUAUACCUCACCAGGAGGCUAGUCUGUCUAUUUCCUGGAAUUUGAAGGUUUGAUUAGCUUUUAACACUUGCUGGAUCCAGGGAUAGAAGAGUCUGGUGCUUAGUUUAACGCACACACACCAAACUCACAACAGUAUAAAUGUGAUGGGAAUGACAAUUAAAUUUCUGAAACGACCUUUCCAAUUUUCUCAAUUUUUGGGCUUCGGUCUCUGCUUCCGAACAUGCUUCCCUCAGCUUGUCAUGUUAGGAUUAGUACACAUGCCACUGGCAUGCAAAGGUAUUGGAGCUGUUUCAAUGUCAUUGGUGGUAACAUAUGCACAAAGGUGACCACACAGGCAGGGCCAGUGAUGUCUCCCACCUGCAGCCUCAAGCGGUGCAGAUCCUGCUGAUAAACUGAGCCUUGGUCUUCAGAUGUUGCCACAUCAGUUACUUGGAAGGGCUCCAGAAUUAGGCUUUAUACAUGAACUAAUGCUUAACUGUUUGAAAUUUGGAUUUGGAUUAUAGAAGUCUGCUUGCUUUGAACUUUCAGGCAAUGCCUGGUAAUUCAGCUUCAAUUAAUACUCUAGCCUGGUGCCAUGUGGUCACUGUCCUUCCUGGUAACUUUCAAUGUCCUUUGCAUUUUAGUAUGCAGGUAAAUGGUAUGCGCUGGCCAAGAAAGACCCAGAAGGCCUGUUUCUACAAGAUAACAUCUCAGCUGAAUAUACCAUUGAGGAGGACGGCACUAUGAUUGCAUCUUCCAAAGGCAGAGUGAAGCUUUUCGGGUAAGUCACGGGAUGACCUCAAGUAGGCUUCCUUGUAUUCCUGGUCACCUGCUCCUAUGACAUCGUAUUCUGUUCCUGUGAUCAAGAUGUGUUGUGGCAACUACUAGGUUGUAGGGCUGAGUCGAAGUGGGGGGAAGGUGCAUUUGCAAAAGAAUCCCCACCCCCCACAAAUUCCAGCAGUUGUUGAGUAUGGGGACCUGCAAAUUGGGGCAAAAAUAUUCAUCCAUUCAUAGAUAGUGCAAGAAACACCGUCCUUCCUCUGGUUAGACUGGUGAUGUUAUCACAUACCCAAAUCUGAUUUGCUACAUAAUCAGAAAGCCUAUAAGGUCAAUGCUUCAUAAUCUCACUUUGAUUUUGCCGUACGAUGGACCAAAUGUCAUUAUGUGGUCUACAUGAUUCUCGAAUGGCCGCAUUUCAGGAUGUGGGCCUCUCAAGGGAAGGAUUUAAGUCCUUACACGGCCAACGAAAGAUCGGCUUCUGAAAAGUCACACAGUGAGAGGAGACAGGAAGACAUACACUAGACCAGAGAUACGGUCAAAAGCAUUUUGUUGAUGGGGUAAAUUGGAUUCAGAUUAUUAGAGAGAGGCAAAAGGUGGUUACGCAAGGCAGGGGUGGAGGAAUCUGUGGUCUUCUAGAUGUUGGACUCCCAACUCCGAUCAGCCCUAGUCAACAUGAAAGUUGAAGUUGAACAACAUCUGCAUAUCCAUAGAUUUCCCCAUCUCUGUUGUAAGAGUAGACCAAGCAAGUAGGAUUGGAAUGCACAUGGAGGCAAGUAGGAUACAGGAAUGGUGGGCAGGAAGAGGCCUGUAGGGUUAGGAUAGCAAUGCAGAAUCAGAUGAGAGCUGAACAGGAUACUGAUCUGGGUGUCAUGUUCAGAAGCAGAUGAAUCCUAUUUCCAUACUGGCAAUGAGACAGCGUGCACCACCACUCUCCUUUUUAAAAAUUAGUUUUUAUUAAAGAUUGUCUUGUGUAAAAAACAGACAGAUGAACAAGAAAAGUACAUAUAGCGUCUCCACUUUCAAUUCAUAGAGCCUUUUUCACACCACCACUCUUGAGGGCAGCAAAGUAGCUUUGCAGGCACACAGAGCUCUGGCCUCCAAGAAAAGGGAGCAGUUGAGAGACCUGAUUUGGCUCCCACAACCUCUCUAGGAUCUGCUGCCUGAGGCAGCUGCCUCACUCUGCCUAAAAUUAGAGCUGGCUCCAAUUAACGAGAAUUCCUCUUCCUGUUUCAGGUUCUGGGUGAUCUGCGCUGACAUGGCCGCCCAAUACUCGGUGCCUGACCCCACCACUCCAGCAAAAAUGUUCAUGAAUUAUCAGGGCCUGGCAAGCUAUUUGUCAAGCGGAGGUGAGCAAGAUAUCCCUUGUUGCUCGUGGGUGAGAAUGUGGAGAAAAGGGGAAUGUCAAAGAGUUGUGCCUCAUUCUGUAUCCCAAAUGAGGCGGCUGUAUGUCUGUGGCCCCUUUUGACGUUAUCUUAGCAGUGUGGAAGCCCUUCCUUCACUGCUUAGAUUUCUUUCUUUAUUGAAAUAUGUCUCACCUUAAUAUAAAAUAUUCAGAGUGGCUUGUAAUAAGAACAAAAUGAACAGUUAUGGGGGGAAUUCAAGAACACAAUUAAAACACACAUUAAGAAUAAGGUAAAGGGACCCCUGACCAUUAGGUCCAGUCGUGACCGACUCUGGGGUUGCGGCGCUCAUCUCACUUUAUUGGCCGAGGGAGCCGGCAUACAGCGUCCGGGUCAUGUGGCCAGCAUGACUAAGCUGCUUCUGGCUAACCAGAGCAGCGCACGGAAAUGCCGUUUACCUUCCUGCCGGAGCGGUACCUAUUUAUCUACUUGCACUUUGACGUGCUUUCGAACUGCUAGGUUGGCAGGAGCUGGGACUGAGCAACGGGAGCUCACCCCAUCGCGGGUUUUCGAACCGCCGACCUUCUGAUCGGCAAGCCCUAGGCUCUGUGGUUUAACCCGCAGCGCCACCCGCGUCCCUACAUUAAGAAUAGAACUCAGCAAUGGGGCUAUGUGGACCUCCCUUCCAGAUCUUGGGUACUCCAGCUAGAAAAGCCCUGAUUUUCAGGUCACCUGGGAGGAGCCCACAAUAUACCUUUCAUACUCACCAGAGCAAAGAGGAGCUGUUGCCUCAGCUCUCUCUUUCUUAUACUGUAUUGUAUCCCACUUCUUUUCUUUAUACUGGGAUGAAUUCAACAUUGCGCCAAGUUGACUGUUCCAUCAACACAAGCAUUUUGGCUUCCCAGACAGAAUACCUGCCCCCCCCUUCUCCUACCACAAUGCUGUUUGUUCCAGGGGUUAUUUCUACCAAAUCCAAUUUGCUGACAGGACUUAUUAAUUGAAUCCCACCUCUCAGAUUUAUAUCCCACCCUUUGACUAUAGUCAGUGCUAUUUUUCUAGAAAAAGAGGUGCCAGAACUCACCAUGAACACCUCCCUCGUUCUCUUGCAAUGGCAAUGGGGCCUACCUGAGAGGUGCCGGAACUGAGUUCUGGUGAGUUCCAGCUGAAAGAAAGCCCUGACUAUAGUCCUCAAAAAAGCUUUUGCUUUGUAAAUUCCCAAUGAGCAGACACACUAAAAAUGAGCAGACACACUCUUAAAAUCCAAAGAAAUUCAACCAGCUCUGCUCAAGUGUCUGCUUUGCAUCUUAUUUUCUCUUCUGGGAACUAACGUUCCCUUCUUCUCCACUUCCCAAGUGUUAGAGAAGACUUGUAGAGCGAUUGUAGCCAGAGAUAACACCAAAGGAGAACUCUGAUCCACUGAUUCUCCUUUCCUACAGAGUUUAACCUCAAACCUUUGUAGCUUUCUCCAUCUGCCAGGAGGAAGCCGUAACAGUUCUGAACUGGCAGAGCUGCUACUUAUGCAGUAACAACAUGCAGCCAAGCUUGGAUAGUCAACAUCAGCACUGCACACAGAUGCCUGCUUUCAUUCUUCCAUCACUCAGGGUUGGGGUGGGAGGGAAUUAUGCCCUGGCUGCAGAACACUUUGGUAUGGCUUCAGGUAACAACAUACCAUUGGUAUGGUUUCAGGUGACAACUACUGGGUGAUUGACACAGACUACGACAACUAUGCCAUCACCUAUGCCUGCCGCAGUCUGAAAGAGGAUGGCUCCUGCGAUGACGGCUACUCCCUUAUUUUCUCUCGCAACCCUCGUGGUCUCCCCCCAGCCAUUCAGCGCAUUGUGCGCCAGAAGCAGGAAGAAAUCUGCAUGUCUGGCCAGUUCCAGCCUGUCCUACAGUCAGGUAUGUAAAAACACACACACACUAUUUUGCUCCUUUCUUGAAUGAGGGAAGGUUCAAGGUUGCUUGGGUUGUGCUGUACCAUCUGUGAAACAGUCGUGUGGACAGCCAACCUACAAGAAUAUCUGGUCAUGCAACCAGACGACCUCUUGGCUGAUCUACAAAAAGCUCAUGGGUGUUGUCUAUGGCAGGACAAUUCUCCAGCCACUCUGGGCUGCCUUCAGAUGUCCUCUAAAACUUGUGUAGUUCUCUAUCUCCUUGACAUCUGAGUAAGGUAGGACUGGGCUAAACUGUGGUGCUUUGGACACCACUGGACUGCAACUCCCAUCAUCCUUGACCACUGACCAUGUAGGCAGGGGCUGAUAGGUGUUGGAGCCCAGUAAAAGUGGAGGACCACAGGUUAGCCACGUCUCCUGUAAGGCAUAUAAAAAAGAGGGCAUUCUUUUGUGAAGACUGCCUUGGACACCAGUAUGUUCUGGCACCAGUAUGUGCCAGCAGUAUGUUUCUGUGGCAAGGCCUGCUCGGGGUUUUGCAUCGCCAACAAAGAGGAAAUGAAUCACAAAGGCACAAAUCUGCACUGAAUUGGCGUCAGCUUCUUUAUAUAUUGAAAUAAUUACUAUAAUUGAAAUAAAAAUGCAUCUCAUCAUAACAUGGUAGGCAGGGAAUAGUACACCUGCUGAUUGUGCUGUCCAGAUGCUCAGUUGAUGGGUCACUUCCAGUCCCCUCCUCCCUUCUCAGAGUUUUUCAAACCUUUAACUUGGACUAGGACUGCCCCUCUGUCAAACAGGACACACGGCUACUUCAGGACUUUUGGGGGCAGCAUCUAGGCUGCAACACUAGGCUGCCUGAGUGGUCAGUCAAGUGACCCCAAAGGCCAGCCCUUCUGCACAAAGGCCUUCUAAAGCUCCUGCCACUUGCUCCUCAUCUGGGGCAGUUUUUCUCCAGUACAUGGUCUGCAUAGCUUGGUCCUGGAACUUGUCCACUUUGAGUUUGAUCCAGAAUUUCAAUUCAGUCUUUGCUACGUAGUGAUGAGGAGAGGCUUCAAAGCAAAAUCUCAGAGACAAGCUCUACACUUUAAAAAUACUAUUUUUACACAUGUACAAGUUGAGAAGCCGGACCAGCUCUAGGCAAGCUCUAGGCAAGUGUUCACCCACUCGCUUCCACUUUCCGCUUGGAGCAGGAAGAGUUAUUAGGGAAAAGUUACGCACUCCCUCCCUUCACUUGCAAUUGUUCUCUCUCAAAGCAGCUUUGCUUGGAUGUUUUGUGUGUGUUGAAAGCAUUUGUUCCACCAUUGCACUUGUGUGUAUAUGUGUGAGUGGUUUCUGCAUGGAGGUUUCUGAGGCAGCUAAUAAAUAAAACUGGAGCUCAACCAUGCCUUGAAAUAUGUAACAAUGCAAAAUGUUCUAGUUUGCAUCGUGGUUAUGGCAAUGCAACAUCUAAUGUGCGCUGUUCUUGCUUGUCUCCACAGGGGCCUGUUAA